AAGAAUCCGGUUCAUCUCUUUGGCUCAGUGUCCGGCGCCAUCACUAUUCUACAGCCUCCUGCACAGAGCACCCCCCGAACUGCUCCAGAGGUGAAGACAGUACGAGAGGCUCCCAAGAACAUUAUCUUAUAUCUGCCUCUGAUGAUUGGGGAAAAAUGGAACUAGACAGAUCGGAGAACAUGUAUGAACAUUCCGAACACAGAAAGUAUUUUAAAAAUAAUUCUAAUCUCUCUGUAAAUGAGAAAAUUCAAAGAGAUGGAGAGCAUCAGAGAAUUCACACAGGGGAAAAGCCACAUUCAUGUUCUGAAUGUGGGAAAAGCUUUACCCAGAAAUCAGCUCUUUCUCGACAUCAGAAAAUUCACACAGGGCAGAGGCCAUUUUCAUGUUCUGAAUGUGGAAAAUGUUUUUUUCAGAAAUUAAAGCUUGUGAAUCAUCAGAGAACUCACACGGGUGAAAAGCCAUUUUCAUGUUCUGAAUGUGGGAAAUGUUUUUCCCACAAAUCAGCUCUUUCAAGACAUCAGAGAAUUCACACAGGAGGGAGGCCAUUUUCAUGUUCUGAAUGUGGAAAAUGCUUUAUUCAUAAAUUAAAGCUUGUGAAUCAUCAGAGAACUCACACAGGGGAGAAGCCAUUUUCAUGUUCUGAAUGUGGAAAAUGUUUUACCCACAAAUCAGUUCUUUUUGGACAUCAGAGAAUUCACACAGGAGAGAAGCCAUUUUCAUGCUUAGAGUGUGGACAAUGUUUUACACAGAAAUAUUAUUUAAAUAAACAUCAGAAAAUUCACACAGGAGAA